UUCAUUGAAGCCAUUGACUUGUUUUAAAACGCUGAAUUUGAGAAUACUUAACAGAGUUGAACAUUUUUACCUCUAAACUGGUUAGAGGAGUAAAAACACGGAGCUGUCAGCGAAGGUUUUGUGCUCUAAAUGCAGUUUCGCAGCUCGCUCUCGCUAAGCUUUUUUUUUUUUUAUUGUUGACGUUAGUUGUUUUGUUGCGGUGUUGAUUUUACGCAACAAUGUUUCAACCAUUUAAAAACCAGCCGAACCCUUAUUCCCCUCUCCGAAGCUUACUUUCAAUCCGAUCUUAGUCUGAUGUAAUCAUAUUUUUGUCGUUUUCUUUUCAGUCGACGCGACAAUGUUUCACUCUACUUUUUUUUCCUCUGAAGUUUCAAUUAAACGGACGUUUUUCGACAUUUUUUGCCGAUUGUUGACAGCGGGCGAUAUCCCACCAUCAUCAGGGUUUAAUAAAUAGUUUUUGUCUUCUUAUUUAAACUGUUUUAUCGUUGUCUUUCUUUAUGUUGAAUGAAUGGAGCUUAAAGUGCGCAUGCGCGCUGGAGCUGGACGUUUAUAAACAAGGAUUCUGACUUUAAAGCCUGAAUCCAGCACCCUAACAUAUUAAAGCUCUGUGUUUCAGCUACAUCAUGGUUUGGGAGGUUAAAAACCCACCAUCCAGGACCAAUAUGCAGCAGACUGACCCUCAGAGUGAAUCCACAGGGAUAAUGAACAUUGAUGGGAACCGGGCUCAUGAUCCGCUACGCUGUGACGAACACUUCCCCUCCUCACCCAGCCUCCCCACCAGCGACACUUUCAUGGAAUACGACGACCUGCCGGAUCUACAGGAGGUUCAGGAGGAACUGGAGCCGGCGCCCGUUUACCAGCUGGAACUGGGUGUGUCGCACCAGGAGCGGCGCGCCGACCCACAGCCCCCGGAGACGCUGUGGCUCACGCAGCUGGCCCACAUCGCCACCGGACCUCAGAGCCCACUGCUACAGGGUCUUCCUCACAGCAGCUCCCCUGCAGUCUGCAUCCCCAGCACCAGCAGUGACCUACACUCCUACGCCCGUCCUCCACCUGCUCUCCUGAGCAGCACGUCGCCAUCUAGAGUUCACAGCAGACAACGACAUCGCAGCAGGACCAGCAGUGAGUGCGGCUCUGCCGUCUCUACCAGGUCCUCCCUGUCUGAUGAUGAGGACAUGGGCUGGAGCUUCUCCUGCCCCCCCACAGCCUGGCACUGCUUUCUGAAAGGAACUCGCCUGCGCUUUCACAGCGGCUCCUUUGUGGGCUGGCAGGGCGUUGAGGAGCUGGGCUCUGCUGAGGAGGACCGUACGGACGAGGAGCGGUCCAGAUUCCUGAAGAGUUACGGCUCCGAGGGCCUGCAGCUGGUGGAGCAUGAAGAGACGGUGUCCUCCGGUCAGGCCGUCUUACAGCUAACCUUUGACCCCGGGGUGUUUGGACAUACCCCGAUCACAGCGCGCUGCCACCUGGAUCACCCCUUCUACGUCAAAAGCAAAGGAUGGUCGUCCUUUUAUCCCAGCUUGACCGUGGUGCAUUAUGGGAUACCGUGCUAUGAAAUGGAGGUGGGGGACACGUGCCUGCCUCCUGGACACAGAGAUGCUAAGCAUACGGAGGAUUCACUGGUGUUUGACACAUUUAAAAGCUACGACUUCACCCCUCUGGACUCCUCUGCCGUCUACCUGCUGAGCAGCAUGGCCAGACGUCGACAUGCGUCACAGUCCAGCGGGGGCGCUGUUUCCCCCGAAAGAGAAACAUUACCAGACAGCCACAGUCCUCGACAGCAGAAAGCAGCUAAAGCUAAAGCUCAAAGCAGCAGCAGCAGCGCCUCGCCCAGUAAAUGCAAGCGGCCGAUGAACGCCUUCAUGCUGUUCGCCAAGAAGUUCAGGGUGGAGUACACACAGAUGUAUCCCGGCAAGGAUAACAGAGCCAUCAGUGUCCUCCUGGGGGAGCAGUGGAAGAAAAUGCGAAGCGAGGAGCGCCGCGUCUUCACCCUGCAGGCCAAAGCGCUCGCCGACGAGCAGAAAAGGCUCAACCCCGACUGCUGGAAGCGCAAAAGAACCAACUCUGGCUGCCAAGGAAAUCAAAGCUGAAUCGAGGGAGCAUGUCGGAGUACAGACAGAAUCAGAAGAAGAAGAAGAAAGGAGCCUUGUACUGGGAUUCAGUACGUUCUGGUGUUUAUGGGAUUAUCAAAGAUCUCAAAGCAGAACAACAAAGUAGAAACUCACCUUUAAUGGGCUCCAGGUAACAAGUUUAACCCCUUAAAACAUUUAAUUAAAUGUUUGGGGUUGGGGAGGGGGUGCGCCGCCUUCCUAUCAGAGACGAGCCUUUUUCUGAGGAGCAGGUCUGACCACUGGGUGGCGCUCCUAUCAAACCAGAGCUGUCCUGGUGGUUCUCUCCUAGUGCUUGAACCAGGUGGAGGUUGUGGUGCUGUAGCAUUUUAGCCAAAGCUAUGUAGCCGAUUUCUCCUAAUCUAUGUCAUAUGCAAUUUAUUUCCUCGUCUGUUAUUACUUGUAUUUAAACUAAGUGUUACGGCACAAAAUUAUAGGAGAUGUAUUUAGCGUUAGUUUAUAUUAGCCUUGUUUUAUUGCAGCUUUAGUGCGUAAUGUUCAUCUGCUAAAUUCGUUUAGGAGCUUCUUCAUUAAUUCAUUACCAUUUAAAUUCACAGGUUGGGGUUUCUGUUCUGUUGAAGGGUUAUGCGCCGUCAGUAUCGUACCUGCAGUAGAUCAUUUGGAGUGAUGGCGGUCAGCCAUACGCUGAAGCUAAAACAUCUAGUCCAGAUGUCUGAAUCCUGUGGCUAUUAAUAACUUCAACUUAAAAUAAUACAGAACUGAUUAUAAAAAAAAA